GAGAUCAAAGGUUCCUCAUCUUGAGAGAAACAACUCAAGGCAAAAUUACAGAGUCUUCUGUUCCUUGCUCAGAAACCUACAGAGAAAUAUUGAGGAAACAUCAGAUGAUGUGUCCUCCAAGAGUUCCACAUGGGGCCCUUGAUACAAAAGGGAAAAUGAGAGCCAGGUCCUCCUCUGGGCCGUGGAGAGUCUCUGAUCCAACUCUGUUCCAAAUGACCUUGGUCGCUGCUCUGUUGGCAACUGUUCUUGGCAAUUGUGGUCCUCCACCUUAUUUACCGUUUGCUUCUCCGAUAAAGAAGUUGUAUGACACAGACUUCAAAACUGGAACUACACUGAGAUACACCUGCCAUCUUGGCUAUAGUAAAAUCAGUUCAAGUUCAGUUACUUGUAAUGAUAGAGGCUCAUGGGACUAUAGUGCUUUUUGUGCUAAGAAACGAUGCGGAAACCUAGAAGACUUACCCAAUGGGAAAGUGGAAGUUAAGACAGAUUUUCUUUUUGGUUCAACUAUAGAAUUCAGCUGCUCAGAGGGGUAUAUCUUAGUUGGCUCAACCACUAGUCAUUGUGAGAUCCAAGGUAGAGGAGUUGACUGGAGUGAUCCUCUCCCACAAUGUAUAAUUGCCAGGUGUGAGCCUCCUCCAGCCAUCAGCAAUGGGAAGCACAACGGUGGAGAUGAAGACCUCUACACAUAUGGCUCUUCUGUCACUUACAGCUGUGACCCUGGCUUCUCAAUGUUAGGCAAAGCCUCCAUUUCUUGCACAGUGGAAAAUAAAACAAUAGGUGUCUGGAAUCCAAGCCCUCCUACUUGUAAAAAUGUUGUCUGUCAUCGACCACAAGUUCCGAAUGGAAUCAUUGUCUCUGGAUUUGGACCCACCUAUAACUACAAAAACUUUCUUGUGUUUAGCUGCAAGAAAGGUUAUGUCCUCAAAGGCAGUCAUUUAAUCAGUUGUGAAGCUAAUAACAAGUGGCAUCCUUCUCCUCCCAUUUGUGAACUCAAUAGUUGUAUUGGGUUACCAGACAUCCCCCAUGCUGUCUGGAAUAGAAGAGGCUAUGAGCUAAGUAACCAAGAAGUAUUUGCAGUUGGGACUGCGUUGAAAUAUCAAUGCAAGCAUGGCUAUAGACCUAUUCCAGACGAGCCUCUGACUGUGACUUGUCAGGAAAAUUUCACGUGGACACCAUCUGAAGGGUGUGAACGGGUAUGCUGCCCAACACCAGAGCUGGAGAUUAUGAGAAUCACAAGUGAAAGGACAGAUUUUCCUGAUAGGUGUGAGUAUGCCUAUGGACACAGUGUUUCAUAUACAUGUGAUAAAGGCUAUUACCCUGUUUCUCCUGACGGAAUGAGUUCAUGCCAAGCAGAUGGCACGUGGAAGCCUGAAAUGCCAGCAUGUAAGCAAGCUUUGUGUCUGAAACCAGAGAUAGAACAUGGAAGGUUAUCUGUGGAUAAGGAUGGAUAUGUUGAACCUGAAGAUGUCACUGUCCAGUGUGACUCUGGCUAUGGUUUGGUUGGUUCCCAAAGUAUCACUUGUUCAGAAGACAGAACGUGGUACCCGGAGGUGCCCAAGUGUGAGUGGGAGUACCCUGAAGGCUGUGAGCAAGUGGUCAAAGGCAAGAAACUCAUGCAGUGGCUCCCAACCCCAGAGGAGGUGAGAUUGGCUCUGGAGGUGUAUAAGCUGUACCUGGAGAUUCAACAACUGGAGCUUCAGAACGAUAAGGCAAAGCAAGCCUCUCAGGAGUGUUCACUGUAAUGUUUCCCACGAAGGGGAGGAAAAUGUGCCUUGCUGCCUUAAAUCCAAUAUGGAUCACUUCAGUUAAUCACCUUUACCACCUCUUUUACACCAUCAAUUGUGCUAAUAAUUAUCUAGAAAGGAUAAUUGGUUAAUAUUUAGUGCUUUGAGACUGUAGAAUUAUUGAUCAUUUUCUGAUUCAUAUUUUUGCUUUUCUGGACACAGAGUCUGUUUUAUCAAUUAAAAAAUUUACAUAUCCAA